AAAGUCAUAGCAAAGUUUUUUGGUCAUUGAAGGGAAAACGGUCAAUCUCUGUGAAGCUGUACAAAAUCUUUAAACUGGUAAAUCAGGGUUCAAAGUGUCUCCAUGCGGCUGGUGGGUUGCACUGUUAGACCCGAACCCACCUCCCGCCUUGCCCAAAUAAUGGUUGGUGUUGUAGAUGUCUUUUUUAAAAUUUUAUUCGUCCAUCGAAAAAAAGUCCAGUCCUAUACAUGUAUCUAAGUCUUUUAAGGAAAGAUAUUUUGUUUGAAACUUUUCACAUGUUUGUAAUUGCGUUCAUGGGACACCGUAAUGCGAACUUCAGUAGACUGCAUGCAACUAUAUCUAGUUAUCAAAUACAGACGUCUGGGUGUCGUGAAAGAAUCGCUUGCGUAAUUCAUACACAGUAUAGUAAACAACGUGUGAACACGGACGGAAACAUCACUCUCUCACUCUCUUUCUGCUAACAAAAAAGCUGAAAAUUUCAGCAAUUCUUGAAGAUGUCAGACAAAAAGCAGAUAACUUUGCCUUCCAUAAGUUCGCUGACUGAAGUUCCGACGGGGCUGCGGUAUCUGGCAUUACCGGAGGGAAUACUGGAAGUUUCAGAAGUGGUCAGCCUCAUUAUAGCCUUUGUAUGCGUGACUGCAGUUCCCAACAAGCCUCCAGGUGAGUCGUCCUACUGGCACUUCCAGGCGGCCUCCGCUGGCUUUGCUUUAAUUACAACACUCCUCAUCAUCGGCUAUAUGACGGGAAUUGUACACAAGAUCAAGAUUCCCUGGAGUGUUCUGGAGAUUGUUUACUGUGCUGCAGCUUGCCUCCUGUUGCUCACCACUGGUGCCCACAUCGUCGCUAACACUUUCGGCAAUGCUGUACUCGUUAUCUCAGCAGUAUUUGGCUUCAUUGCUUCUCUGGCUUACUUGGUCGAAAUCUUCUUUGCAAUCCGAGCGUGGAAGAAGAGCAUCAUAGCGGAUACGCUGAGAAUGGUAGAGGCAGAGAGAAUGCAGAAUACCGGACAGUUAGAGAAUGGAUUAUAGAAAGUCAGCCUCAUACAAAGGGUCAUGGGUCAACCAGAGACAAGGCAAGAUAAGUGGAUGACCAUUUCUCACGUCUUCUCGAUGUAUACUCGACAAUUUCCAAAGUUCUGUGACAAAAAAUAACCAUGAGCAAAUCGCUUGGGUGGAAUACCAACCCAUCACCCACCAGAAUAAGCCACUUCGGAAUGUCGGUGGCGCAUGUCUGUUACUGCUGACAAUGGAUUUUGUCUAUCUCCCGUAAUCUUUUGACAAUGCCCGCUGGUAUUGUCCAAAGGUUAUUGGAGAUAGACAAAAUGCGUUGUCAGCGGUAACAGAAAUGCGCAGCUGGAACUCCGAAGUGGCUUAUUUCAGAUUUCAAAUUUUAAACUACAAGGGAAACUGAUUGGGUAAAUUUAAAGGAUUAGGGGUUGAACAAAAAGCAAAUUGACUAGAGCAGGAUUUGAAACAAUGACCUUCCAGGGGUAGCCACUUCCGAGGUUGAGUUUUAAGCUUGUGUGUGUGUGUGAUUCUUGGCUGCGCUGCAGGUUAUGGUUGCAAAGAUUUACGAAAUGGAGAGAUCGCCAACAAAGGGCAAGAUAGCUCAGUUGAAGGGUCCAUUUCACAAAGAGUUAGAACUAGUCCUAACUUAGGUCUAGUCCCAGGAGUUA